AUGUCAGUCUCCCACAUUGUUUUGAUCUUAUAUAGAGGCGAAGAACGAUCCAGCAAAGACGAGUUCAAUUUAUUUGGGAAUUCGUUUGAUGCGAGAAAGAAAACUUCAACAGCAGCAGCAUCAGCAUCAUCAUCGUCAACAGCAACAUCUUCAGGAGCAGGAGCAGGAGCAACUGGCAAUAAAAAUUUUGUUAGCAAUCUUUUUGGCAAUCUCGGCAACAAUGGGACUGUACACAAUUCUCAAAACAGUAGAGUUAAUGGGAAUAAUGAUUAUGGCACGAAUCAAUCUUUUACAAAGAACCCAUUAUUCGCAAGCGGAAUGAGCUCGAGCUCGAGCUCGAGUCCAAGAACUUCAUUACUAAAUCCAUGGGCCAAUGAACGUGUCAACAAGGGCUUUAAUUCCAUUACGCCCAGCAUCAAUCACCCAUUUAAAGACAUCAAUAAUGGUAAUUAUUCGUCGAAAUUGCAUGACUCGCAUCCACCAUCGACUAAACUCGAAAUAGAACCACAAACGCAUAUUGCUAAGGACUGGAACUCGUUUCUUUCAAGUUCAGACGGUAACUUGAGCAAUGCAGGUUAUAAAAGCUUGAACUCACAAGAAACUGAAAAACAAGUUGAGCCAAAACCGAAACAAAAAUCAAGAUCUCGACUUGGUCAACUAUUUAGUAUCUUUACCAGAGGAGAUAAGAGCAGCGAGAAUAAUAAGAACUUGGACAAGAGAAAGCGUGGAGGUGUCAACAAGUACCCCACUUCCAUAGUGACCCCAAGGUCUUUGGCAACACCUUCUUAUAAAGCAGUGGAUAUUAGACGAACAGGACACAUGAAGAGAUUGAUCUUGAAGAACAAACCUGUAAAGUAUCACUUGAUUGACGUCAACAAGAUCUUAAGUGCUAGAAAAAAUAGAGUCGUUGUGGGUACCGUUUCGGCAGAAGGUUUAUUAAGAAGCACUGCAUCUCACAUAUCAAAAAAUAGUAGUGUUGACGACGACGACGACGACGACUAUGAAAAUGAUGAUGAUGAUAUUGAGGAUAUCAAUGGCAAUCCUGAAUUGGGCGAGCUUGAAGAGGAGCCAACUAGAAAAGUUUUUUCAAAGAGGACUUUUGAUAUCACCAACGACAAGAAUAAUUUAGUCCUGGACAAAAGAGAAGAGGUUGAGGUGCAACAAGAGCAGAACCAAUCAUCUACCGAGGAUACCAUUAAUGAAAAGAACACGCCACAGUUUAAUGGUUACUGGACGUCUCCACCAAUUGAGGAGAUAAUGGAAAUGUCGUUUGAAGAGUUGAGAUUUUUGGAAAAUUUUAUCAUUGGAAGAACCGGAUUUGGCCAAAUUGCAUACGAUUACCCUGUGGAUUUGACAGCGGCAAAGCGUAAUGCAGAACUUCAUGAUCACCUGUUGGCCGAGGAGUUGUUUGAGAAUAUAAUCCAGUUUAGACCACAAACUGUUAUGGUGUAUAAGGAUGUCCUCGACAAACCAUAUUUGGGCACUGAACUCAACGUCCCUGCUACCAUUACUCUCGAGGGUAUUGUUAGCAAGAAAAAGACCGUGAAUGAACAAAUCGAGUUUCUCAAAAAACAGGAAGGAAUGGAGUAUAUAUCGUACAAUCCUUCUAGUUCAACCUGGGUCUUUCGAGUGAAACAUUUUAGUAUAUGGGGAUUGGUUGAUGAAGAUGACGAAAAUCAAAAAGAACUUUUGAAAUUGAAAAGAAAGCAGGAUGAAAAAGAAGCAGAAGCUACACUUGAAUACUCUAGAGUUUACGAGAGCGCUGAUGUGGACCAGGAAAUAAAAAAGCAGAAAUUGAAUGAACACGCCAAAAUUGUGCCAGGAGGAUGGAGCUAUGCGGCACCACAAAGAGAUCAUAUCCUACACCUUAAACGAUCACUCGUUAACAAUGAAGUUGAACGAGAGCUUAGUCGGUACAAUGACGAAGAAACUAGUCAACUCAAUGCCCAGGUGGAUGGUAUCAUUCUUGACUCGGAUGAUGAAGGAUAUGAUUUCGAUAGAGAAGUAGUAGUGGAAGAAGAAUCAGAAGCUGAUGGCACGGUAAUUGAACCUAAAAUCAAUGCAUACGAACCUAUAAUUGAAGACGAGUCUGUUUUUGAUAAAAUUCGAAACAAUAUGGUUGUGUCAACUGCCGACAACUGGCUUUUACAAUUGGAACUAGCAAAUCAAUUUGAUUCAUCUUUUGCACCUUUUGCAGUUGAAACGGAAAAAAGUCGAGAGAAAUUGACGUUGCUGAAAGUAGAUAGCUUGCUUUUUCCAGAGUAUCUGAAAUCCCCACUGCUUGCUAAGAGAGGAGAUUUUGGGUUAGAUUCAAUUGUAGAGGAUCAAGAUGAUGAAUUAAAAGUUGCCCUCGUGGACAAAAAUGUCGAGCUGAUCUUAAACACCGUGUUGAGAACUUCAACAUUCACCGCAGGAGCUAAUAAGUUCCCCAAAUUGCAAAAAUCAGGUCGCCUUCAAUUCUCCCAGUUUUGUGGAAAUCUGUACGUUGGUCUGGAGAUUGAAUUGGCAUCUAUUUUAUUUGAUGACGAGAAAAGGCUGAAGCUAGAGACAUUGAGAAUGUUUGGCGAUUGGUUAAAUCGAUACAACGAGAGUACAGUUGAAGAGUUGUUAUCAAAGCAUCUGACGGACUACUUGGAAUGUGCUUUCAUUUGUCUUUGUGCUAACCAACCUGUGAAGGCAAUUCAGUAUGCAUUGAAAUCUAAAAGUGAGCAUUUGGCAACGAUUUUGUCAAUGGCUGAUGCACGAAGCAAAGUUGUUGAGUCAGCUGCUAAACAACAAUUGUCUUCAUGGAGGUCGAAUUGCCAGGGCUUAGUGCCUACUCCCGUCGUAAAAAUAUAUCAAAUAUUGGCUCGUGAUUUAGAUGCCCUUUCUGAGAAUUUACCUUGGAAUUUGGCAAUAAAGUUAAAUCUUGCAUUUGGCGACGUUAAAGAUGUUAAAGUCUUGGUUCAACAGUUUGCAAAAGUGCUCCCCAAGGGUAAUUCUGUCGCUGAUAUACUUGAUAUAUACCUCAAUGGUUUUGAUUUUGACAAAAUUAUUGAUUCUUCUCUCAAUAAUACUUUGAGAUGGCUUUUCUGUUUGGUUUUGGCCAAUUUCAACUAUGACAAAAUCUCAGAGCUGUUUGGUAAGCAACUUGAAGUCAACGGACUUUGGAAGGAUUCCAUUCUUGUUUACACAAGUAUUGAAGAUGAUGACAAGAGUAAAAAUUUCAUCAGGAAAGUGAUUAUAGGUCAAAUCGGAAAAGUACAAAGCUUUACAAAGGGAGAUGAAAUGUACUUAACAGUGGAUUUGAAAGUCCCAGAGUCGCUUAUCUACGAAGCAAUGGCCAUUGAAAGAAGGAACCGUGGUGAAUACUGGGGAGAAAUUGAAAUGCUCUUGAAAUAUUUUGACUAUGAUACAUUGCACAAGACUCUUAUUACCCAACUAGGACCCGAUGCUGCAAUAUCGUGUUCGAAAUUGGAGAUUGCACGUUUGCGAGAAGUAAUUAAGCAAAUUCCGCAAUAUGGCAAGAUUAUACCAAAUUGGAAUCACGGCAUGGGAAUAUACGAGAACUAUUUUGCUUUACUCGAGCAGCCUCAGGAUGUGGAAAUUUUGAACUUUAUGAUUGAUAAUUUACCUUUAACCAAAUUGGAUUCGGACUCAGAUGUGGAUUUAGACGAUAAUAAGAAUCAGAAUGAGAACCAAAACCAAAACCAGAAUCAGAGACGGAGAUCAGAAAAAGAGAAAAUAGCUCUUAAUUUGAUUUCCAAAUAUGUUGGAGAUUUGGCUUUAGAGGCGUCAAAAGUUGCUCUUGUACGAAGACAACGAGUUUUAGAGUUUCCAUUGGAUGAGGUCAAUAAGCAAUACUUUGAAUCUAGAGUGUCCUUUUUAAAAUAG